CUCUCUGGUUGUUGGUACUCUCUUUCUUACUCUCUCUUUUGCUUUUGGUUUAUUCAACUAAUCCAAAUUAUGCAAAGAACGUACAUUGUAGGUUCUCUAUGUCCACUUCAAUAUUGGCAGCAAGAAUCUCUUUUUUUUUCUAUACAAAUCAAUUCUAUCUCUCCCUCUUCUUUAAAUAAUACCAUCAAUUAAGAUUAGAUCUUUAAAAAAAGAAUUAGAACCAAAACCCAUUUUUUUAUUUUUCUAGGUUAUUUAUCUGAAGAAGACCAUACGGUUCUUCUUCUUCUUCAUGUCUACAUUCUUUAAUCUCACACACAUUAAACUAAUACUCAGGCAUUCACCUACAAAAUACAUGCUUCUUUUUUUUUUUUUAUACAUAACACAUAGCCCCAUACCCUUUAAUCCAUUUCUCCUCUGUCUCUCUCCCUCCCUCUCUCCUGAGAAAUUCUCUCCCACCCUUGAAGCAAAGCAGGCAGCUUUCACUUUUUUUAUUCUCUCUCUUUUUCUGGUUUCUGGGUUUCUGUGCUCUUACUGAGAUCUGCUUUUUUAAAAUGGGUUUCUUUGAAGGUAGCUGUACAAACCCAAGAGAGCCUCCAAAUGGUCUCUGCUCUUGUUCUUCUACAUCCACAGAUCUCUACUGUGACCAUAAUGAGCUCAAGGUAAAAGCCCUUGUAACAAAAAUGGUUUGGCGACUUGGGUUUGCCUGUUUUCACCCGAAUGAGAAAAGCAAAAGCAAUAAAAGCAGCAAAAUCAAGAAUGUAAAUUUAGAGCAUAACAAGGCAUGGUUACUUGCAGAGUCUGGUGGGUGUGGUGGUGCAGAGCUAACAAAUGCUGAUCCACAAUCAGUACACUCUUCUUUCAGAUUUAGUUUCUGCUCUCAGGUAGAGCUUGAAUCCAUGAACAUGAAUUCUUCAGCUUCUGCAACUGUUUUGAUGGUGAAUUUGGAUAAUGGGUUGAAUGAAACUAAAGCUAAGGAACUAAAAUGGAGGAGAAUUCAGUCUUUAGAGAGGAGUAUCUCUCCAGUGGCAAAUUCUUUGGUCAGAUUCAGUUAUAGUGAAAUUGUUGCUGCUACCUUAAAUUUCUCUAAAGGUAGAGUUUUGGGAAGAGGAGCUUUGAGCUUUGUUUUUAGAGGUAGAGUUGGAUUCUUGAGGACAGCUGUGGCUAUUAAGAGAUUAGACAAGGAGGAUAAAGAAUCUUCAAAGGCUUUUUGUAGAGAAUUGAUGAUUGCUAGCUCUCUUCAUAAUCCAAAUAUCGUCCCCCUUGUGGGUUAUUGUAUUGAUCCAGAAGAGGGUUUAUUCUUGGUGUACAAGUAUGUCUCUGGUGGGAGCUUGGAGCGCCAUUUGCAUGAGAAGAAAAGAGGAGUAAAGGGUGGUUCAACACUUCCUUGGUCAGUGAGAUAUAAGGUGGCUCUAGGAAUUGCACAAGCAAUUGCAUAUUUGCAUAAUGGAACUGAGAGAUGUGUUGUUCAUAGAGAUAUUAAACCCUCAAAUAUACUCCUUUCUUCCAAGAAAAUACCCAAAUUGUGUGAUUUUGGAUUGGCUACUUGGACCUCCGCACCCUCAGUACCUUUCCUCUGUAAAACAGUCAAGGGAACAUUCGGUUACCUUGCUCCUGAGUACUUCCAGCAUGGUAAAGUAUCUGAUAAGACCGAUGUUUAUGCAUUUGGGGUGGUCCUCUUGGAACUAAUAACUGGAAGGAAACCAAUUGAAGCAAGAAGGCCUCCUGGAGAAGAAAAUUUAGUGCUGUGGGCUAAACCUCUACUGCAAAAGGGUAAAGGAGCCAUAGAAGAUUUGCGCGAUCCACGUCUUAAAUGCACUUUCAAAAAGACAACUCAAAUUGCACAGAUGAUUCAAGCUGCUGCUGCCUGUAUAAGUAACGAGGAAUCUCGAAGGCCAGGUAUCGAUGAAAUUAUCGCUAUAUUGAGAGGUGAAGAAGAGCCUGUAUACCACAAUAAGAAGAAAUCCAAUUUUUCUGGCAUCAUAGAUUGCUACCCCCAGCCACAACAGGCAAAAAGUGAGAUGAGAAGUCACUUGGCUUUGGCAAUGCUAGGAGUUUCAGAGUUUGAAGAUGAUGAUCACCUUUAUUGUCGUUGAGGCAGUGCACUGAACUAUCUGAAACACUUUUUUUUUUUCCUUUUGGUUUUUUGUUGUUUUCUUAUUUUAGUCGCUUGCUUGCAGACAAGUGUUAGAAAAUCAGAAUCGAAAAUGUGUUAAACUGUAAAUAGGAAAAGGGAUUUACCAAGAAAUCAUGUAGAUAUCAUCUAAUUUCCUGCCCCAACCUUAAUGGGAAGGAGUGUUUCAGAUUUAUCAUUUAAAGUUUAGGCUUUUUCUUUUGUUUCACCGAAUUCUUGUAAGUCAAUAUACAUACGAGUUUGCUUUA